AUGCCGCCUAUCGGAAAUAAACAUAUAUCAGUUCGAGCGGAUAAUAGUGAGACUUCUGUACUCAAUAAUGCCCAAUCUCGAAGGCAGUCCCACAGUACUCAGGCACUGAACUUCGACCUUUUUCCUCAAAUUAUAAUACCGAACUCCAGAGACACGAGAUCUGGACCUGAAAGAUACCCACAUGAAAAUUCCAACUAUAAGAAUGCCCCAUUUGACAGUUCCGGUGAGUGCAUUGAUGAUGAGGAACAGGAUAGCCAGAGUGAUGGCAAAAUAUCGGGAUAUAGUUCUUAUGAACGCCGUGAAGUUUUAGAAGGUUCGUCAAACGAUAACAAGGAAGAUUUACAGAGUUCCAUUUUGAAUAAGAUACUUGAUGAGGAUUUGGGAAAUAAAGGCACAGAGCUUGAUGAUAGCAGGUCGAAAUUUCAUUAUAAGAACCUCUACGACAAAUAUAGAGAGCCCAGUAUGGCCGAUACGCCUUCUGUGGCCACCACAGACUUGACUGAUUUUGAGAAAUACAAUCUACAGAUGGCUAAAGAGCAAAAAAUUAGAGACAGACUCAGGCAGAUGAAGGGCUUAAGAGUUGCUGAUAGAGGCCAUGUGAAGUAUCUUCCGACUCUGGGUAUUGGUGAUUUGGAUAGUGGUUAUAUUAAACCAAUAUAUGCACAGAUAGAGAAGCCUCCAAGUGCAACGAAACGGAGCCAAGCUGCUUACUGGUAUCAGAGGAUGUUUAGAAAGGGUGGUCGAAGAGAGACAGCAGCUGUUACUGCGACAAAUACCGUAGAGAAAUAUUAUUCUUCAGGAUCAUCAAGCCACAAUAUUGGAAAUCCUACUUACGAUCUAUCGGUUCGAAAUGGAAGUACGGGAAAUGGUAAGAUGUUUGAUCGGAGUUCGGUUUGUACUGCUCCGAUUGAUGAUGAUAUAGAUUUGGAUGGAAGUCCUGUUGAGUUACAGACGUAUUGCAACUUGAAAUCUACGAAUUUCAAGAGUAGAUCUUAUCAUGCUCCAUCUUUGACUUCAGUGAAUGGAGAUGAUAGCAUAGAUAUGAUUGUGAGUAACCAGGAGAACGUGGAUUACAAUUUUCAACUCAUCGACAGCGAUGACACGGAGAAGGAUUAUUUGCGCAGAGUUACAGUUAGAAAUGGAGACGGCCAUCGACCUUUCGCAAACGUCAGGAGUGAUGAAUUCAGUAUUAAGGAUACCUUAAGACGUGUGAAUCCAGUGAGAAUUAUGAGAGAGCAGAAGAAUCAGAGAUAUCGAAUCCAACGAAAGCUCAAGCUACGUCAUCUUCAUCAAAUCGCUCUUGGUGGCACGUUGGGUGUUGGCUUGUUGCUCUCGUCUGGUAAAGCAUUUUCUAUUGCGGGACCAUUAGGAUGCCUUUUAGGUUUUAUAAUAGCUGGACUCAUUGUUCUAGCUACCAUGCUUUCAUUUUGUGAAAUGGUCACGCUGAUUCCUCUCUGUGGCGGUGUCUCGGGUGUUUCAUCUCGUUUUGUAGACGAUGCCUUUGGAUUUGCAUUAGGUGUUGGCUACUGGCUUUGCUAUAUGGUGGGUCUUCCGACGGAGAUCACGGCUGCAUCUAUUAUGCUCAGUUUCUACAAAAGCCUUGAUAUUCCAGGACCAAACACAUGUGGAUGGAUUGCAUUUUUCUUGAUAUUUGCUACAUGUAUGAACCUAUGCGAUAUUCGCGUUUAUGGAGAGUUUGAAUACUUUUCAACAAUCAUCAAACUACUUAUAAUCAUAGCUCUAAUGAUCUAUAUGAUUGUAUUAGACUGCGGAGGUUCUGCACCUUUGCACCACAGGAUGGGAUUCAGAUAUUGGGACAGUUCAAAGUCUGACUGGGCUAAUUCAAUCACUUUUGGUGCGUUUAGGCCCACUUUUGAUGUGAAUGAUAUCGGUCUUGGCUCGUUAGAUGGGAUCGGUGGCGCUAAGGGAAGAAUUUGCCAGGUAUUGAUAGCUACUGUCGUAGCAUCUUAUGCCUAUGUUGGUACAGAAAUUGUGAUCAUUGCGGGCAGUGAGGCACGUGACCCCAGAAAGGCUAUUCCCAGUGCUACUAGAAACAUCUACUGGCGUAUCUUUAUUUUCUACAUCUCAUCAAUUUUUGCCGUUGGCUUGAAUAUUUAUAGUGGAGAUCCUCGACUUCUUCGGUACUUCAGCUCAAGCGCUACGAACGGAUCCGGGUACUUGGCGAACAACAAUUCAAUAGAUAAGGUAAUCAGUUUGGUUGGUGGUGACUUAUGCGAGACAAAUCUGCUUACCUGGGCCGGCUUUUCGAACGGAAAUCAAUCACCAUUCGUUAUUGCCAUUCAAAGUUCUGGUAUGUGUACAUUUGCUGCCGUCACAAAUGCCUUCCUACUAUACUUUGCCGUUACUGCGGCUACCUCUCAGUUGUACGCGGCUUCAAGGACAUUAUAUUUUUUGUCAAUUCAAGGCAAGGCACCCCAACUCUUCUCGAUUUGUUCGAAAAACGGUGUUCCCUAUCUAAGUGUGUUAUUCACCGCAGCCUUUGGAUGCCUAGCUUUUCUUUCUGUCAAUAACAACACUGCGCUUGUGUUUGAAAGAUUGCUAAGCAUAUGCGCUUCAUCUGGCUUAAUUGUUUGGUCUGGAAUGUGUCUUUCUUUUAUUCGCUUUUACUAUGGAUUGAAACUACGGCCUGACAUCAUUAACAGGGACGACGAGAACUAUCCGUACAAGUCUCCAUUCCAGCCAUUUCUUGCAUACUUUGGAAUGAUAUCCUCGUUUUUUACAGUCAUCAUUUCUGGCUUUUUGGUGUUUUUAAAGGCAAAGUGGUCCCCAAUGCAUUUCAUUUCUUGUUAUGGUUCUUUAUUUGUGUUCAUCUUUUGCUAUAUUACUUACAAGAUUUUCCGCAGAACUAAGAUUCACAGAUUGGAUCAGCUAGACCUUGAUUCUGGAAGAAGAGAAAUUGAUCGGAUCAUUUGGGAGGACGAGCAGAAUUAUGUGAGUAAUUUCAAAGAGAUUAUUCAUCGGUUUAUCAACUUUUUAUUGUGA